CAACCAAAUCUCUCCGGUUUGAUUCAGUGGGUUAUCUCUUCUCUUCUCUUCGGGGUUUGAGGUAAAUCUCCUUCCUUAACUUCAAAUGGUGUGAAAGUCUCUUCAUUUUGAUAGAUCCCUUUUGUACUCCAUCCAUGUUUUAAGCAAUUGCUUCCUUUUUCAUUCUUGCGUUCUCGGCAUCAUCUUCCUUCCUCUGGAUCUGGUUCUGGUGCAAAUCUUUCCUGGGUUUCAGCUGGGGUUGGUAGCUCUUGUCUUGGAUCUUGGUUUUUUUUUUUUUUUUUUUUUUCCCACCAACUCUGAACUGGUUUCUUCUGUUUGAUAUCAUAGCGAAGUUGGGGAAAUUUUCGGUUUUGAGUCUAUGAGGAACUCGAUUGAUACGUGUUAUCUUGUUUCCAUUUUCUUUCUUGUUUCCUUGGCCUCUGUAGUUCAUGUUAUUAUAGCUGCUAAUUAUGAUCCCGCUGAGAACUUCCUAUUGAAUUGUGGGGAGACUUCUGUAACCACCGAUGAUGAUAAGCGGACAUGGACGCCGGAUGUAGGGUCCAAGUUUUUGGGGGCCGGGAACUCCGUGGCCUCCAAAGCUGCCACACAGGACCCUGCAGUUCCUUUAGUCCCUUACAUGACUGCCCGGAUUUUCAGGUCCAAUUUCACUUACAAAUUCCCGGUGGCAUCUGGUCGAAAGUUUAUUCGGUUGUAUUUUUACUCUAAUUCCUAUGAUGGGCUUAAUGCUACCAAUGCUUUGUUCUCUGUCACUUCGGGAUCAUUUACGCUUCUUCGGAAUUUUAGUGCUGCUCAAACAUCCCAGGCUCUGAAUUAUGCAUAUCUCAUUAAGGAGUACUCGGUCAAUGUUAUUGGGGAGACUUUGAGCAUAACAUUCAGUCCAUCUUCUACGCCUUCAAAUGCUUAUGCCUUUGUGAACGGGAUUGAAGUUUUGUCUAUGCCUGAUAUGUAUAGUAGUAGCGAUGAGAGUUUGUUUAUUGUGGGUACAAAUGCUCCAUUCAACAUUGAUAACACCACUGCACUCGAGAACCUUUAUCGAUUGAAUGUGGGUGGAAAUAGUCUCUCUCCUUCUCAGGAUACAGGUCUCUUCAGGACAUGGGCAGAUGACCAGCUUUACCUUUUUUCUGCAGCGAUUGGAGUUACAGGGUCUGCUGAUCAAAACAUGACAUUUAAUUAUAAAAUUCCUACUUACACUGCCCCCCAAGCUGUGUAUUCCAAUGCUAGAUCCAUGGGGCCGAAUGCUUCAGUUAAUGUACAAUACAAUUUGACCUGGAUUUUCAGUGUCGAUUCGGGAUUCAAAUACUUGGUUAGGCUACAUUUCUGUGAGUUCACCGAGAUUAUAACUUUAAUCAAUCAGAGAGUGUUCAACAUCUACCUCAACAAUCAAACUGCAGUGGAGGGAGCUGAUGUGAUUGCCUGGGCCGGGGGGAAUGGAAAAAUUGGAGUUCCUGUGUACAGGGAUUAUGUGGUGCUUGUUUCAGGUGCAGGCCCCCAACAGGAUCUAUGGCUUGAAUUGCAUCCAGACACAGCUGCAAAGCCCCAAAUUUAUGAUGCAAUCUUAAAUGGCUUGGAGAUAUUCAAGAUAAGUGAUCAAAGUGACAACCUUGCAGGGCUCAAUCCAAUCCCUGCUCCUCAAAAUAAAGUUAACCCCUCGUUGGCUUUGCCGCCACCUUCUGGUCACUCAAACCAGAAAGCAAUUAUUGCAGGUGGCGUUAGUGGUGGAGUUGCUCUAGCCCUUCUUGUAGGUUUCUGUGUUUUUGCUGCUUCCCAUCGCCGCAAGCAUGGAAAGGUCCCAAGUGCAAGUGAUGGUCCAUCAGGGUGGCUUCCGCUUUCUUUAUAUGGAAAUUCACAUUCUGCAGGUUCAGCAAAGACAAACACUACAGGAAGCUAUGCUUCAUCUCUUCCUUCAAACCUUUGCCGUCACUUCUCAUUUGCUGAGAUCAAGGCUGCUACAAACAACUUUGAUGAAGCUUUACUUCUUGGUGUUGGUGGUUUUGGCAAAGUUUACAAGGGAGAAAUUGACGGUGGAACGACUAAAGUUGCAAUCAAGCGUGGGAACCCUCUAUCUGAACAAGGUGUGCAUGAAUUCCAAACUGAGAUUGAAAUGCUCUCAAAACUCCGACAUCGCCACCUUGUUUCGUUAAUUGGUUACUGUGAAGAGAACACUGAAAUGAUUCUUGUUUAUGAUUACAUGGCUCAUGGAACAUUGAGGGAACAUCUGUACAAAACCCAAAAGCCUCCUCUGCCAUGGAAGCAAAGGCUUGAGAUCUGCAUUGGAGCUGCUCGUGGUUUACACUAUCUCCACACUGGUGCAAAGCACACUAUUAUCCACCGUGAUGUCAAGACAACUAAUAUUCUUCUGGAUGAGAAGUGGGUUGCAAAGGUUUCUGACUUUGGGUUGUCAAAAACUGGUCCUACAUUGGAUCACACUCAUGUGAGCACUGUUGUGAAGGGUAGCUUUGGCUAUUUGGAUCCAGAGUAUUUCAGAAGGCAGCAGCUAACCGAUAAAUCUGAUGUUUACUCUUUUGGGGUUGUGCUGUUUGAGAUCCUUUGCGCUAGGCCAGCCUUGAACGCCACAUUACCAAAGGAACAGGUAAGCCUGGCAGAGUGGGCUGCACACUGCCACCGGAAAGGCAUCCUCGAUCAGAUUGUCGACCCUUUUCUGAAGGCAAAGAUAGCCCCAGAAUGCUUCAAGAAGUUUGCUGAGACAGCAAUGAAGUGUGUCUCUGAUCAGGGUAUUGACAGGCCAUCAAUGGGUGAUGUACUGUGGAACUUGGAAUUCGCACUGCAGCUGCAAGAAAGCGCAGAAGAGAGUGGAAACGACAUUGGUGGAAUGGACAUUGAGGAAGAUACAUUCGACAUAGCCUGUCAAGGCAAGAAGGAGCCCAAUUCAUCCCCUGGUUUUGAUGGUAAUGUGACAGACUCCAGGAGCAGCGGGAUAAGCAUGAGCAUAGGUGGCCGGAGCCUGGCCAGUGAAGACUCCGAUGGCUUGACUCCAAGUGCUGUGUUCUCACAGAUCAUGAACCCUAAAGGGCGUUGAAUAUCAAGUCAACGCCAUUGCCACGGCCACUGCCAGAAUCUGGUGAGCCAAUGAGCCACUGUCAAAAACUGGUCCUAUCAUAAAUCGAUUUGGCAUUUUCUGGCUUAGUUCAUUUUACUAGCAUUAAUAUAUAUUUUUUGGGAUAUGUAAUAUGUUCUGAACAACUAAGUUGUAAUAUGUAUCAUAUCUUACAUGAAGAUUGAAGGUGUUGAAAAUAAUGUUUUCAAAUGCCCUCUCCGUGUCCGUUGUUGUCCUUUUCAUUUACUUACUUCAUUAAUAGCCAUUGCUUUGGACAUAAAAUCUUGCUUGUCCA